AAGAAGUAUAAAAUGACCGGUCCUAACCAGGUCCUAACGCAGUUACGCGUUACGCACAUGCUGCGGGAUGCGGGACUGCAUAUAAAUCAGGAGUUUCGUGCAAAAACGCUCUUCUUAAGUUUUGAACAAUGUUUUGUUUUUAUUUUGGUGACCUGUUUCGAUCUGCAAACUUUGCUUUGCCAUAAAAUGUGCGGAAUAUUAUGCACCCUUUGCAGAAGAGAUGAAUUUGCUGAAAAAGCAAUUUAUGAGAGGCUGUUGCCACUUGUCAAGAAUGCUAUCCAAAGAAGAGGUCCAGAUUACUGCAGAGAAGAAUGUUUUGAAGUAAAUGAUUGGAGAGUAUGCAUGUUUGCUUCCGUCCUGUGGCUUCAAGGAAAUGAAAUAGCUCAACAACCAAAGAUUGAUGAAAACAGAAAUAUUCUAUUAUGGAAUGGAGACAUUUUUGGAGGAUUACCUGUUGCAGAAGGCAUGAGUGACACCCUUGGUUUGUCAGAAGCGCUGGAAGCAACUGGAGGAUCUCACGAACAAAUCCUCCAAGUCUUAAGCUCCAUUCAAGGACCUUGGAGUUUCAUCUAUUGGUGCGAAGAUAAAAAAGAACUCUGGUUUGGAAGAGAUGCGCUCGGCAGACACAGCUUAUUGUGGAAUACUAAGUCGCAGAACUCGUUAGUGGUGACUUCAAUUGGAAAACGUGGAUACGACUUAGAAGAGGUUCCAGCUAUUGGAUUAUUUGUUGGCAAUAUCUCUGAUGAGAAUUUUAAUCUCAAACUGUACCCUUGGCAUACAACAGAAAUUCGUGCUGCUGUCCAAACUUUUCACUUGGAAAAGAUUUUGAAUUUAAGAAUUUCUGAUGAUGUGAAAGUGGUCUCGAAUUACUGCCCAAGUACUCUUCAAGUGCCUGCUGAAUAUGACAACUUCAUCGGCCUAAUCAAGGACUAUGCCAAUCAAACUAAAGAAUUUGACGUCAAAACGUUUUAUGAAGUUCUUCUGACGGAGCCAAAAGUGAAAUCCCGUGUAGAAAGAUUAAUCUACGAGUUGAAAUUAGCUGUUGACGUGAGAUGCAGAUUCCAACCUGUGAAAUGCAAAACUUGCGCCUCUAGUCGAAUAGCCCAAUGCGAACACUCCACCGUGGCUGUUCUAUUCUCUGGUGGGCUGGACUCGACACUCAUAGCCGCUCUAGCCUGUGCAUCUGUUCAGCAAAACAGGAGCAUUGACCUCAUCAAUGUCUCCUUUCCCUAUUCACAACCAACGUUCUCAUCAAAAAAGAAACAACCUGCAGAUCCGUUUAUAAAUGUUGGAGAGAAGAUUAUACCUGAAGAGCUACUCAUAAAGACUGAUCCUAACUACGAAACCCCCGAUAGAAAAACUGGGAAAGCUUCUUUUGCAGAAUUGUCAAAAAUCUUCCCAACAACUAAAUUAAAUUUUAUUGAGGUCAACGUUACUAAAGAUGAGCUCAUAGAAAACAGAAACAAGCAUAUUGCCGAUCUGAUAUAUCCACUUAAAUCAAUUUUGGAUGACAGCUUGGGGUGUGCCUUGUGGUUCGCUGCAAGGGGAAAAGGCAUCAAGCAUAAUUCAACCGGACAAAUUGUUUCGCGGGAAUACACAUCAACAGCAAAUAUUUUGCUGCUUGGAAUGGGAGCUGAUGAGCUGUUAGGUGGUUACUCAAAGUAUCGCAAAGACUUUGGAAAAAAAGAAGACUGGUUAAAAAUAGCAACCUUAUUAGCCCAUGAUUUAGCUGUGAUACCCUACAGAAACCUUGGAAGAGAUGACCGAGUUGUCAGUGAUUCAGGACGUCAAGCCCGCUACCCAUUUUUGUCGGAAAAUUUUGUGCAGUUUAUCGCAACGGUGCCAGCAUAUCUUAGGACUGCUCCAUUUGGCUUCUUGCCCCUUGGAGUUGGAGAAAAAUUGCUUCUUCGCUUGGCUGCAUAUAGUAUAGGACUGCAAGUGUCGUCGACAGCUCCAAAGAGGGCUUUGCAGUUUGGCUCAAAGAUUGCUGGGCUGGAGGGCAAAAGCGAGCAGGGUCAUAAUGUUUGUCCAAGACUGUUACUGCCAGAGUGAAAUUUAUAUCUGCUUUUAAAAGAUUUAAUUAAAAGAAAAAAAUUGAAACGU